AUGGCCGUAGGAUUGUCUAAUAGUCGCCAUGCCGCUGAUGAAGAAGCUCGUGCUGAAGUUGAUGUGCUCAACUCGCGACUAGAGAAGACAACCCAAUUGACCAAGAAGAUCCAAGCAUGUCUAGGAAGAUUGGAGGCUACCGGCAAGAGUGUGCGAGAUGUGUCAGGUCCUCUCACUGGCGAAACAAAAAAGCUUCAGGUCUUAGGGAAUAAUAUCGAUGCCGUCAUCGGAGCUAUAGAGAGACUUCGCCAGCCCGCCGAUUCAAAGAAUGAUGAAGAAGCGAUUAUCCGCCAGGGGCCCGAGAAAGCCGGUCUAUCCAACUACCUAAACUCCAUUAAACGGUUGAAUAAGGCGUUGGCAGAUAUGAAGACCUCAAACCUGCGCGCAAAUCAGCAAACCAUGACUGAUCUCCAACGCUUAAUCAAAUCUGGAAAUACCCAACUCGAGAACUCGUUUGACAAGAUGUUGCGAGCAGAGACACCUCGCUCCAUUGAACCGCUGCAAUAUACGACCAAAAACACGCCGUUCCCCUUAUUGACACAGGAUAAGAUCUCGCGCCUGAGCCUAAUGAACUCUUAUGUGUCUGGCAACUCAUUGUCCGAGAACCCGCUAAUUAAAAUCUAUGCGGAAGUAAGAGGACAAUAUCUACAACAGACCCUAGUGAACCUAGCAUAUGCAAGCGUGAACACGGCAAAGAAAAAGAGUCCAGACGCCAUUUACCGGGCUGGUACCAAUGGAAUUGGCAUGUACGCGCAGGCAAUGGAAGGGUUAUUUGUUGCCGAAUACGACAAUAUCUGUAACAUAUUUAUGCGACAAGACUGGGGACCAGCUUUUCAAAUGACAUGUCAAGCCCCGCUGGCUGAAUUGGCUCGAACGAUUCGAGAACUCAACAAUCAUAUUAAGGCUCAUCUCAACACCGACUGUUAUCUUGCAUAUGAAGUCAUCGAGAUAAUGUCUAAUCUGUCCAACAAUAUCGAAGAGCGCACAGGUGAACUUAGAUCUACCCUAGCCGCCGCAUUGAAACCAGUACGCGAAACGGGCAAGUCUUCACUUGCCGAGCUGCUCGAGGAGACGAAGCGGAGAGUGGGGGCAAUGCAAGCCCUCCCGUCGGAUGGUUCGCCGGUGCCUGUUGUAUCAGAGACGAUGCAACGCUUGCAAACCAUGGUUGACUUCCUUCGGCCAAUAUCCAGCAUUAUGAUCUCGCUGGGGGACAAUGGUUGGAGGUCGGCUACUGCCGCGAACACUAGUAUGGAUGGAAUUCCUAGCCUGGCAUCGUUCGACAUUGGCGCCGAUGGGAAGGAGAUCUUUGCGCACUAUUGUACUGAUACGAUAGAUGCGCUAAUGUCGGCGCUCGAGCAGAAAGCGAGGGCAUUGCUAAAAGGAAAGUCCAUUUGGGGUGUGCUUUUAGCUAACAGUGUCACUAUCAUUGAACGCAUGAUUCGGGACUCUGACCUCAAACCAAUCUUAGAAGGCAAGCUCGGCGCCUUAGAGGGCUGGCGCAAAAAAGCGAAGGCCUACUAUGCUGAGGCAUGCAAAGAUGUAUCGAUGCACUUAUUUGACGUAAUCCACACGAAUCGGACUCAACGGCCGCCUUCUGGCUCGUCCGAAUCAGCAUCAAUUCUUAAGGGGCUUAGCAGCAAGGACAAGGACAGUAUCAAGGCAAAAUUCCAGAUUUUCAACGCAUCUUUUGAUGAAUUAGUAUCUCGGCACAAGACCUACAGCAUGGAACGGGAAGUGAGACAAAUGUUGGCUAAGGACAUGCAGCAGAUGCUUGAGCCUCUUUACAAUCGCUUCUGGGACCGGUACCACGAGAUAGACAAGGGCAAGGGCAAGUACGUCAAGUAUGAUAAGUCGUCGAUCGCUGCUGUCUUCCUAAGCCUUUAUUGA